AUGUCCGAGAUCUCGCAAAAAGGAGUCCCAACUAAUGACCCAAAGAAUAUCCACGAUAUGACUGCAUUCGUCCAGCAAACGCUCACCGACAUGCAGAACAAAUUCACCAAUAUGUCUGACCAGAUGAUGGGGCGCAUGGAUGCCAUGUCCUCGAAACUCGACGAUUUGGAGAAAUCGAUGCUGGCGAUGAUGGACCAGGCUGAAGAGGACUAG